AUGACGAACAACAAUGCCCUUAUCUCCCUAUUGAAUGACAAUAGAUUGACCGGGUCUAAUUACCUAGACUGGAAGCGAAAGCUUAUACGUGUUCUGAAAGCGGAGAAAAUCCACAAUGUGCUUACUUCUGAUGAACCUCCUUUACCCAAAACCACUGAUGGGGAUGACUUUAUUGUCUGGGAGUCCUUCAAACAGAAAGAUGCUUUAGCCACUGGCUACAUACUUAAUUCUAUUGAUAAGAGCAUGCAAAGUUCAUGUGAUGACAUGGAGACCGCCAAAGAAGUGAUGAAACAUUUGGAGACAACCUUUGGCAAGCAAGAUCAUCUUGCGCACCAAAGGAUAUCCCCAGCGUUGUUUGCAUUAAAGAUGACUGAUGGCACCACCAUCUUGGAUCAUAUGAUGAAGCUUAAUAAGCACUUCCAGGACCUUGAGGGUUUUGGCACUUUGUUCGAUCUCGAUUUUAAAUUGAGAUCAUUUUUGCCUCACUCUCUGAUGUAUAUGGGCCAUUCAUUAUGA